AAUUGGGCUGCCAUGAUCUUGAACGCCAGUCAGUUGCUCUCAAUAUGAUUGUCCUAAACGCCAUUCAAAACAUCGCACCAUGCUUUCGAAAAGUUGAGUCUGGACUUGCAAUCUCUAUUUGAACUUUGAGCCACUCUAAAUGAAACUCAUUUGCCUUAUCUUUUCGGCAAAUCACUUGAAAACCGGAAUAAUUGAACUUAAUAAAUUGAUAAAAACGCAUAUCAGCUUCCUGUUUACUGAUCAUUCAAAUUAGUGUUCAGAUUAUGGAAAGAACUUAUAGCUCUAGUUAGGUUACAAAAAUUCUAAAAUUUUGCAAUAUUUUGCUUUCCAUAUCCGUUACAAUAUCUUCAGUGUUGUAAUUAUGGCGUCCUACGCACAGCGAGGACUUACAAAUGAGUACAGUCCCAAUCUACAGGUCAACACCCAUCCAGACUCGGACGACUCCACUUUCUCGGAUUCGGAGGCGGAGCACGCGGAGUUGCUGCACGGGAGACACACAGUGGCCCUGGACGGGAGGGGGGAGGAGAGUGAGGUGCAGAGGGGACUCUACAACAGGCACGACUUCGCCGUCAACAACUUCAACCUCGUCAUCAAACUCAACGCAUACAAUCUCAGGAUGAAGCGGAAAAAGAUGAGUCGCCUUUUGCCUUUUGGGGGCGUCCGAUCCAGGCAUCUUUCAUCGCGAUUCGAAAAAAGAAACUUCCAAAACCUGGUCGCCCUUUUCAUUGGAUGGUUCUGUGGAAUGUCUCCCCCUUUAAUGAUGGUUAUCGUCGCCUACUCUCAAACAUUUUGGCUCGAUUUUUUCAUUCUUUAUACAAUGCUCAGUUUGAUGAUACUACACGUGAUUUGUUUCGUUUUGUUCAUGCGAAACAUGAAGAUGUUCAUCAGAUCUCCUUUUAUGGUACCUGUAACUAUUACGUCACAGCGGUUGCAUGGCUUGCACAAUAAUUUUGACGAUCUGACACCAGACGUGUUUGCAGACUUGAGUGUCGCCACGUGCCUUCCGGAUAGGAUUCUGCCGGAUGUCAUUCAAUACAUGGCAUUGUUUGAUGAAGAUGAGAAGCAGGUGCGAGUGAUGUUCUAUUCGCCCCAGUAUUUCCACAACUACUUCGAAGUGCCUCGAAACAGGAUCCUGCAGAUGAGUCUCUUCACCACCCUCUGUUUCACACUCUCCGUCAUACUCAGUGCCAGGAAAAUGCACAUUCUCUACUGACACACCAAAAGAGGAUGAGCGAACACAAUUGUGAACUAUACAGUUGCAAAAAGAACUUUUCCUCUCACAGCCCUCCAUCUUGGGACAUCUUUGCCCAACCGCAAAAAAACUUCAUGAUAGUUUCAGGCUAAAUAAUUGAUAAAUUGACCCUUUAUUUAUCGACUAGGAAUUAAUGCAC